CUAGACCACAAACACAAGUUCAUCAGGUGCAAACGUCUGCUCCAAUAAGACUAAAAUAAAAUCAGUUGCUCAACAGAUGAACAGAAUAAAAUACACACUUCAUGAGGUAAUAAUAGCAAUAUAAAUAUGAUCAUUUAUGAAUAUCUAAUGUAACACUGUUUACACUGUAUGUUUAUAUUUCAUAUAUUUAUAGCUUGGUAUUUUUUUUGUAUUUUUAUGUUUUUAUUGGUACAAAACCUGAGUCAAUACAUCUCCUAUUACAAUAUAAUUACAGCUUGCAGAAGGUUGACAUUUUCGCACAGUCUGAUGUUUUGCAGGUUUAUUGUCGGUGCUUUAUGGAGGCAGAAGGCGCUCUUCCUGUCCUGGUAGACGAGACAUGCUGUCGAGCACAUGACUGCGUUGUCCUUCUGCAAUCUCAAACCCCUGUAAAGCAGAGCGUGCCAACAAAUCAGGUAGCACGUUAAAACUACCGCUUAUGUGGAUCACACACAGCGAGCCUUGUUCUGUGUUUGAUGAACCAGCAGUACUGUCGGCUGGACGACCGCUGCACAGCUCAGGCAAGAAACCCAACUUGGAUUAGAGGCGCUGCUUGUUUUCCGAGCUGCCACUCGGUUUGCACUGAUCUGGUGUGAGUAGACACUCCUUGUGUGUGUCCUUGUGUGCUUUUAUGGAUUAGGUUUAUGUGCUCACUGACAGUAGCUCAGGAAGACCAGCUCAGAUGGCUGUCCCCUUUGUUCCAGUCCCCAUCCCGGUGGACUGGUCCAGAGUGAGCAGGUCCUGCUCUAAGAGAGGGUCUUGUAUACAUCCUAACACUUCAUCCUCAAACCGUGAGCCCCCAGCUUCAGAAGGCAGUCCCUCGGUGAGAGGACACGGACCCCGGGGGGCCACAGCUGGACGCCCCACCCUGGACGACACCUGGAGAGGAGACAUGUUGGACGGGUCAUCCACGCCGCUGGAGGUUGAGGGGAGGUGUGGGGAGAGCUGGGUGGAUGGAUCCAACACCCCGACACUGCUGGGCUACGAGAUCCUGAAGAAGAGAACAAAGUUCACGGUUUACAAGAUCCUGGUGAUGGAGAGUCCAGGAGACAGCAGGGUGAUCUUCAGGAGAUACACGGACUUCUGCAGGCUCAGCGGCCAGCUUAAAGAGCUGUUUCCCAGCUGUCGCCUGGUUCUGCCUCCCAAGCGCCGGUUCAAAGACAACUACAACGAGGCGUUUCUUGAGGAGCGGCAGGUCGGUCUGCAGACCUUUCUACAAAACCUAACGCUGCACAAAGACGUCAUCAGAAGUGAAGCCGUGAGGCGCUUUCUGUGUUUGGUCGAUCCUCGGAGUCCAUUUGACAGUCUCGAGGAAAGCAGGGCGUUUUGCAAGACUCUGGAGGAAAUCAACCACCGUCUUCAGAGAGAGCUGGUGGAAAAACAGAGAGAAGCUGGUAGACUGAAGAAGACUCUGGAGGAGAAGGAGAACUACGUCGACCUGCUGGUGAAGAAAGCCAAAUCAUUUCCUUCUAAAGGGCCCGGUGGGAAGACCAUGAUGAUCCCCACAGACACUUACAGAGAAGGAUAUACAGAUGCGAAAGGAUUUGAGCGAAAAUGUGGAAACGGAGAUGAAGACGAUGCCAGAAAAGACUGACAAAGAUUCAGAACUGCUGAAUAAGAGAGUUUUAUUCACUGAAAACACGAAUACAUGUUUUAUACUGAU